AUGAUCCCAGCCACAACAACGACACCCCGCCCGCCUGUUGUGUCUCGACAGGUGGCGCUCGACGCCUCCACGCCGCUACCCCUUGCGCCGAGGUCUCCGACGUUACCAAAGAACCACCCAUUCGCCAAUUCGCUGGGGCGGUCACGCUCCAACUCUAACGUCUCGGGCCGCUCGGGCUCGGCGUUCGAGAGGGAGAAGGAGAGUGUGUACUCAUCGUCUUCGACUUCAACAACAACGAUUCGCACGCCUCCAACGCCCGCUGUCCAGCUGCCACCUGCGCUGCGCUCAUCACCACCUCCGCGAAGCCCUUUAUCACUGGCCGCGUCUCUCCCGCCAACUGGACCGCCACCAAAGUCACCCUCCAAGUCCUCGUGGCGCAAAAAGCCGAGCAUCACGAUCCCGUUCCGCAAGGUUUCGUCCUCUGUCUCAGCUGGGAGCACGCCGACAAGCGCCACCAGCGCCAGGCCUGCACCAGCCUAUUCCUCAAGCAGCCAGACGCAGAGCGCUCCGGCACAAGUCGAGCUGGUCUUCGACUCUGUCUUUGAGGAGGACGACGUCGCGCGUGAGGUGCGGCAACACUCGCGCUACUCCGCACGGGAGCGCAGCGUUUCUGCCCGCAAGUCCGUUGGCUCGCUGGCGAGCUCUGUGUCAAGCCCAAUAAAGACUCCCCGCGACGACGCCUGGCUCGGUACCCCGCCACCGCUGCCGCCGAUGCAGGAGCUUGCUCGCGAGUUCUCUGGCCUAGGACUAAACAUCGAGCCGCCUGCCGCGAAGAGCCCGCCAACGCCGUCGGCCGCCACGCCGAUCCCGACGUCGAACGUCCGUUCUGGCGUGUCUCCGUCGAGUGGCCGCACGCCGUCCACGACAUACCCGCAGCCGUACUAUGCUUCGCCGCCCAAUGCGAUGCUGCAGAUGCGAAGGCCGAGUGCCCCGCAUCCGUUCUACGCCGGCCCUCCAGCAGAGGAGGAGCGCCAGCGCCCUCGCUCGCAGCCGCAUCCCAAACCGGAGCGUCACCACACGCACCCACCUCCUUCGUUCGCCGGACACCACCAGCGCAGUCACAGCGAGGCGGGGGCCAUGCUUGCUCCGAAUUGCAGCCAGCACAGGCCCAGCAAGAGUCUCAUGGAGCUCGAUUUCCUGAACCAGACCCGCAGCAAGGGAUACAUGUUUGGCAGCGUCAAGAGCCGCCUGCGCACCAUCGAGGACGAGUAG